UCGCUCACACCGCUUUGGCAUGAACCUGAGUGUGAGCGAGAAGCAGCCUUGAUGGUCGGGCAGGCAGUGGUUGCCGUGCCUCGAACGUCAAGGGCAGCUGCCGUGAUGGUGCGAUGGGGCAGCUCCAAUGUCGAGCCGAGCCGACCUCAAGAGCAAGUGGUCGCCUCGACUUUGCCCUCCCAUUGGCGAAAGAUCAAACCAAACCUUUGCCUAAGUUCAACGAGUUUCGGCGAAUUUCUCGGAGCUCUUUCAUUCCCCCAAGCCUCCCCGGUUUCCCAAGCCUCCCGGUCUAGUCCCUUCAAAACUUUCACUCUGGUUCCCUUUCUCAGCUCCGUCUAUUUUGCCCGCUUCGUUUCGUCAUUUCCCGUCAGUUUACCUCCUUAGAAAGCACAUCCGUCGCCGUCAGUUACCCUCCGUCAAAGCACUACAGAUAUCUCCCACUCUAGCCCUGUCAGUCACAUCACAUCUCCAUCCCUACCCAUACCUUCCUAGUCUAGAGACUCCUUGCAUUUUCAGCCUUUCGGCCUGUCCCUUCGUGUUCGUCGUUCACAGCCAUGGACUCUGCUAAAGUGGCUCUUCUGUCUACGAAGGACGGCGAUUCCACCGUCAACGGCAUGGAGGCUGGCAUUCGCCGGCUCGGCUUUCCUACGGGGUCCCUUCUGAGCGUGAACCGCAAGGGCGACGACCUGCUGGAGAUUAACCUUCCGCGGAAUGGCUUCUCCUCUCGCGCUCUCUUCCUCUACGUCUUCUUCCUGAUCUACGUGGCAAUCUUCGCCGUUUUCUUUGUCGACCUUGAUGCGCUCACUCCUUCCACGGCGGAUUUUUGCUCCACGUGUCCUCUUAUCGGCCUCGGGUCUCUGGUCAUCCUUGUCUCCAUCUUCAUUGUCGUCAAGGCCCUGUCUCGCCGCCACGUCACCUUCACGCCCUCCGAGUUCACCAUGACGUCGUCCUUCCUCGGCCGCAAGUGCGGCUGCCGCAAGUCCUCGGUGGUCGGCAAGCCUUCUGACAUCCUCAACGUCAAGAUUGUGGUUUCGGGGGGCCAAUUUGCGGGCUUCAUGACGGCCUGUGAGAUCUCAGAGGGCGUUCGCUCGCACCGCUUUGGCAUGAACCUGAGUGUGAGCGAGAAGCAGUACCUCGUGCAGCAGAUUGGGGAGUUUGUUGGGUGCCCCUACUCCACUCAGGUCCAGCUGGCGUAAAUACAGCACUUGCGGGUGUGUGUAUAUACGGACUGGUAUAAUUGCAGUCCUGGCUGCCCUGCUUGAUGCCGGCAGUGUCAAUAUGGCUAUGGCCAAGUGUGUAUAUGACAUGCUGGGGGGAUGUAGCAGGGGGAAGGCCUGUGUGGCUUUUCCCCUUGUGUAAAACCAGUGAUACUGUAUUGAUUUCUCUUCCCCUGGUGGUGCAAAAGGCUGGAACGUGCGGUUACCCAUGCCAGAAACCUCAAUACUCGACGAAGGGUCACAAACUAAAGCCUGGAGCAGGAUUCGGGAAGCCUGGAGCAAUGCCUGUGCAGCUGAUGAGCACAGAACUAUCUGUGCUGCUGAUAUUUGUGCGGUACCGGUAACAGAGCUUGGUCGAGACG